CAAACAAUAAAAUUAGUGACAAAAGCUAAGAGAGAAUUCAUGGGGCAACUAUUUUAACGGCGUCAGUCUUUCCCGCAAAUAGCCCAACUCCCAAAGCGAGAAAACUCAGCCAUCAUGUCCAUCCUCCGAGUCCACUCAGUGGACACCGAGCAACCCAUCACCACCAACGAAGAAAUCGAGUUCUAUACGGUCACUUCCCCAUCAAACCCUAGCCCUAUAUUCAGCGAAAGGAGAGGCGUUGUUCACCUCUAUCGAAAGGCCUCCCAAGGCUCCCUCCCAAACCCUAGCUCUCGCUCCACGUCUCUCUUCGUUGUCGCCGUCCCCAACUACCUCUCCGCUGCCGAUUUCAUUCGAUUCUCUGGACCCCACCUCGAAAAUAUCACCCACCUUCUCUUCAUCAGGAAUGAUGGAAUUGAGGAUAGGUAUAGCGUGUUUAUAAAGCUAGUUGAUCAGUUGGCGGCGGACGGAUUUUAUCGUAGCUUGAAUGGGAAGAGGUUUUCACCUGCUGAGGCUGAGUUAUGCCAUAUCCUUUUUACGCAUUCCGUGGAAUAUACAGAAUCGGGGGACAUUGCUAGCACACCUCCGGUAGGAUUCACUGAGUUGCCUACUUGCCCCAUUUGUCUUGAGAGAUUGGACCCGGAUACUAGUGGGAUACUUAGUACGUUUUGUGACCAUUCGUUUCAAUGUUCUUGCACUUCAAAAUGGACUUAUUUGUCCUGCACAGUCUGCCGAUUUUGCCAGCAGCAGGAUGAGAAACCAGCCUGUUCUAUUUGUGGAUCACUGGAGAAUCUUUGGGUCUGCUUGAUAUGUGGUUUUAUGGGGUGUGGAAGAUAUAAAGAAGGUCAUGCGGUUAGACAUUGGAAAGAUACUCAGCAUUGCUAUUCCCUGGAGUUAAUAUCACAGCAAAUAUGGGAUUAUGUUGGUGAUGGUUACGUUCAUCGAUUAAAUCAGUCAAAAGCUGAUGGCAAGUCAGUGGAAAUGAAUUCUCGUUGUAUGUCACUUGAAGGAAAUUGCGGUUCCUGUGGAUAUGGUGAUGAUUCUGGAAUUAGGGAAGCCAUCUAUAGCAGCAAAGUAGAAGCGAUUUUUGAUGAGUACAGCCGUCUUCUGGCCACGGAGAUGGAGAAACAAAGACAAAAUUAUGAAUCACUACUUGCAGAAUCCAAAAGCAAAAGAGAUAGUUCCAUUGCUGAAGCAGUGGAGAAGGCUGUGACUUCGGAGAUGCUGGACAUCCAAAAUAAACUGGAUAAGUGCACAGAGGAAAAAAAUGCUCUCGCUGAGAUCAAUCGCAAUCUUAUAAAAAACCAACAAGUGUGGCGAGAAAAUGUCAAGGAAAUUGAAGAAAGGGAAGCUUCUCAGUUGAGGUUGAAGGAUGAGAAGAUACUUGAUCUGGAAGAGCAGAUACGAGACCUUAAAGUCUAUAUUGAAGCUCAGAAGACACUUAUUGACAUGACCGAUUCGGAUGGCAUCAGGGGAGGGACACUGUUACCUGUUCCUCAAACGCAAUCUUCCUUAGCUAAUACCAGGAGGCACAAGAAGUCAAGUCGAAGGAGGAAUUAGGAAAUUGUAAUUAUCCUGAGAAAAAGCAGAACCAUGUUUUAUAUGGAAUGGUUAUUACAUUGAAUCAAAUGCAGCUUAAACCUUAAGCUUUAAACCAAAUGCAGAAUAAUAUUUAUCUUUUAAUAUUAAA